AUGGCAGUCGCCAGGCCGGUCAGACUGAUAAUAGGGGUCUGCAUCGCUCUAAUUUUGCUUCUUAUCUAUCAAACUUCUAACUCGCCUUCCUUACCCCUUUCAACAAUCCGAAAACAUAAAUAUGAUAACGGGCUUAAGCGCGAGCCUUUGAAAGAAUUGACUGGAGAGCCGGAUGGACCGCUAUGGAGGGCACAAGGAGACGACUACGCUCCCGAUAACCCAAAUUCCGCUCGGAUAAAGGCGUCUCUGAUUUCUCUGGUUCGCAACGAAGAGCUAGACGAUUUGAUUCCAACCAUGAAAGAGCUGGAGCGGACAUGGAAUUCAAAAUUCAACUAUCCUUGGACAUUUUUCAACGACAAACCAUUUACAGAAGAGUUUAAAAGGAGGACGCAGGCAGAAACAAAAGCAAAAUGCAAUUAUGAAAUCGUACCUAAAGAGCACUGGGAUGUUCCGUCUUGGAUUGAUAUGGACAAAUACCGAACCGCCUCGAAGGCUAUGGAAGCAAACGGCAUACAAUACAGCACUGUGCUUUCCUACCACAAGAUGUGCCGAUGGAAUAGCGGGAUGUUUUAUAAACAUCCUGCCCUAGCGGAUAUGCAAUACUACUGGCGUGUUGAGCCCAAGGUUCGCUUUUUCUGUGACGUGGACUAUGAUGUGUUCCGAUACAUGCAAGACCGGAACAAAACCUAUGGCUUUACAAUCAACUUGUACGAUGCACCAGAGACUAUGCCAGGGCUGUGGCCUGAAACCUUGAAGUUCCUAGAAAAGUACCCGGAAUACGUAAACAAGAAUAACGCCAUGGACUGGUUGACAGACAAUAAGCAAAGACCUGAACAUACCAAAAAAGCAAACGGAUAUUCAACUUGCCACUUUUGGUCAAACUUUGAGAUAGGCGAUCUAUCUUUCUGGCGAAGCAAGGAAUAUGAAGACUACUUCAACCAUCUUGACAAGGCUGGAGGAUUCUUCUAUGAGCGGUGGGGAGACGCCCCUGUUCAUUCGAUCGGACUGGGGCUAUUUGCCGAUAAAAGCAAAAUCCAUUGGUUCCGAGAUAUUGGAUAUAACCAUAUCCCAUUCUUGAACUGUCCAAAUUCUCCGAAAUGUAGGGAAUGUGAGGCUGGCCAAUUCUAUCGCGGAGAGCCGUUUCUCCAACUCGAAGAUUGCCGGCCAAAUUGGUUCAAAUAUGUUGGAGAGGAUUGA